AUGUUGGAGAAUUCGAAUUUUUAUGCAUCGAUGAUGAAAAUCCUUGGAAUCUGCUCUCUUUGCAUUUCCUUUGGCGGCAUGUUUGUUAUCAACCUCAAGAAAGAAAAACUUCUUUCAAUCUACAUCGGUUUUUUGUCAGCUCUCAUCUUCAUAAUUGCGUCGAUCUUGCAUGCCUUGUUCAUCAGGCUUUCUUAUUCCUUCGAAAUCAGCGACAUUUUCGACUACAAAAAAGAUUCGGAAACGAUUAUCAACUUGCAAAAAGUAGAACUCGCUAAUGAGUGUUGUUUCAAUACGGAAGAUUGGACACAAAUGGGACUAAAUGUUACGGAUAACGACAAGGAAUUAUUGCAAAUGGCGUGCACUUCAAAUAAUGACGGUGGUGAUGAGUUUAUCCAACGAAUUGAAUACUUCACAGAAGAUUGCGUUCCCCAAGUCAGCGUUUUUCUUACAGAAUGGUUCAUCUACUCCAUUGCGCUUACCGUCACCCUCCUUAUUUCAUUCAUCGUCAAGUUCCUGUUUGUCGCCGUUUACCACAUCCGCCUGAGCCAUGGAUUUGAAGAUGAAGAAGACAAAACAGCUCUUGUCGGAGCCGAGCAAAAAGCGGCCAUCCAUUCAUUCAAGGCGUUUGCGAAAAAGAGCGGAUAUGAUCUUUUGCCGGAACUAUUUCAAAUCAACCGCUCAAGUCAAAAAGUCGACUUUGGUCUCCGACUGGAAGUGGACAACUACAGAGAUGGAAUUGUCAUUAAAAAAGUCAAAACAGGAUCCCCUGCUGAAGAAGCCGGGAUCAAGGAGCAAAGUAGAAUCAUCGAAAUCGACGGCGUGCAGUUGAAUCAGAACAAUUUACCUGAUGCUCGUUUUAAACUCGAAGCAGCUGGAAAGGUCCUCACUUUGCUCCUUAUCAGCGAAGAAGUUGACGAAACUUACUCGAGCAAAAAUAUUGAUCUAAACAGAGAGAAUAUCGCUGGAGUGACUUUGGACUUGCAACACCAUCCGCGGAUAAUAAAAAUCACAAAGAACGAACAUUUUGGAUUUGGCUUCCGCGUCUUGUCGCUGCAAAACGGAACGGGGCAGUACGUCGAGGAAGUUGUAAAAGGAUCACCUGCGUAUAAAGCGGGACUUCAAAACAGCGAUCGCUUGAUUGAGAUCGACGGCAAGCGCGUGUCCAAACUUGAUGUUGGAAGUGCAUCAAGACAAACAGUCGAGCUUCUGGUGCUCUCUCCCGAGUGCGACUCAUUUUUCAGGCGGAAGGGAGUCCAAGUCACGCGAAGUUUGGCGAAAAACAUGAAAUCCAAAUCAUCUCGAGUGGCUAAGCCUCGCUACUGUCGCCUGGUGAAACUACCAUCUGAAGAUUUUGGACUUUACGUUGUUAUUGAUAACGAGCGAGUAGGGCAAAUUGUCAAGUGGGUCGAUGUCGGUGGCGUGGCCGAUAGAGGCGGCUUGAGACUCGGUGACCGUGUCGUCGAAAUCAACGGCAUCAACUGCGAGUAUGAAUCUCACACUACUAUCACAAAGUUGAUCCUCUCUGGCGAGAACAUUUGCCACUUGAUUGUCGUGGCGCAGGAGUAUGAUAUGCAGUAUAAAAGAGCCCUUCCAAGACUUACAAAAAUCUAUAAAGAAGAUGGCCAGCUUGGAUUUUGCAUCUACUACGAUCAAGAUCGCGACGGACAUUACGUUGAGGAAGUCGAUGCGGGAGGUCCUGCCGAACGGGCAGGCCUGAAAAUUGGAGACAGAAUUAUUCAACUAAACGGGAUGAGCGUGGAAAAUGCUAACCAUGAUGCAGUUCUGCAAAAACUACGCAAUGCGCCUUCGGAGGUAUCUUUGCUUGUUGCUGGAGGAAAGUCGGAUACGCAUUACAGAAAUAUUGUGCAGUUCAAGACAAGCGGAAUGGACGAGCUUAAGAAUGAUGAACGACCAGUUCCGGAACAGCCCAUCUUCUUUACAAAGGACGAGCACAAAGAUGAUUUCGUCGGGACGGAAGAGGGAGAAUCCAUCUCAGGCUUUUCAAAGUUGCAUGAAAGUGCGGAUGUCGGAGUUCCGCGGCUGUGCGACUUGGUGAAAUUAGACAGCGAAGGCUUUGGCUUCUUCCUAGCGAUUGAUCGGGAUCGCGAAGCCCAGAUAGUAAAGCGAAUCGAGGCAGAUAGUCCUGCUCGCAGAGCUGGAUUGAAGGAUGGCGAUCGGGUUCUUGAAAUUAACGGAAUCAAAUGCGAUUCCAUGGGCCACGAGGCAGUAGCGGAGCUAAUUAAGAACUCUGGAAAUCAUGUCAAAAUUCUUGUGUUGGACCAGAAAAGCGAUCAAAAUAACAUUGCCGGUAAACCGCUGCUUUGCAGGCUUCAGCGAGAAAAAGACGAGUCUUUCGGUUUCACCGUCGGAACGGAUCUGCACGGACAUUACUUCGCGACAGUGAACUCAGGAUCCAUCGCGGAAUCGUCGGGCCUGAGAGUCGGAGAUAGAAUCAUCGAGCUCAACCACAUCAAUAUCGAGCACGAUUCUCCCGAAGAUGUCGCUGUUCGAAUAAAAUCCUCUAACAACGUUUUGCUCACUUUGUCGAUCGACACCAAAUCCUUCCACCGUUACAAACGUGAAAAGAUCCCAAUUACGUCCAUUCUCGCCGAGUUGUCCAAAAGUUCCAAAGUCGGUCGGCGAAGAAAUCGUCAGCGCGGCAAUUUCGUUUCAAACUCAGACGUCACUGAGACAAGCGUUACCGUGAGAACUGACAUAACCAUUUUCAAAUUCGAGGAUGAAGAUUUUGGUUUUAAGCUCGCUCGUUCGAGCGGCUUCGAAGAGUCUGACUCGUCGCACAUUAUUCACUGGCUGAAACGAGGAGGUGCAGCCGAAUACUUCGGCGUGCGCGAUGGAGACAAGGUUCUCAAGGUCGACGGGACAGAUGUGACCGCCUGGAGCGUCGAAGAAGUUGUGCAGUACGUAGAGAGCACCACCAAUGGAGAAAUUACUCUCACUCUUGAGUUCAAAGAGGUUAUUGACCAGCUCCAGACAAAGACGAUCCGAAUUGCAAGGAGAGCCCAGCAGAGUUUCGGAUUCCAUCUUUGGUUCGACGCGGACGGACACUUCUUUGAAGAUGUCACGAUCGGCUCUCCAGCUGAUCGCGCUGGGCUCAAGAUCGGCGAUCGUCUGGGCUCAAUAAACGCCAAAAACCCUUCCAAAUGGUCGCAUGAAGAGCUGGUCGAUUACGUCCGAAGCAAAUGCACAGAAGAAGUGACGCUCCAAGUACUCUCAAUUGCAAAUAACGACGAGUUCUCGUCGGCGACGCAACCUCUGACAGUGACUCUUACAAGAGGAGACAAUGGCUCAUUUGGAUUCAAAGUGACAAAAGAUGCGAAAGGAUUUUAUGUUGAGUAUGUUCAACCGAACGGUGCAGCUGAUCAAGCGGGAGUUAGCGUCGGAGACAGACUCAUCGAACUGGACGAAUCUUCCCUCGACUUUAUGGACAUGGACGAGCUCGUCCAAACAAUUCAAUACGGAGGCAACAAGCUAAAAAUAACGCUUCUUGCGAAGGCAUCGAAAUCUAGAGUACGAAAGAAUCCAGAAGAUACUGCCAUUUUUGAUGCUCUGCACGGGAAUGUGUCGAUCGAUUACGAAGUUCAACCGCGAUUGCUCCAGCGGAAACCGUCCUGGCAGUCCUUCGACUCUUAA